AGCCGGCACAACGCUUGCGCUGCAGCACCCUAGACCGGAAACUGAAUGCGGAGCGCGAACUCGAGCAAAGAUGAACCCUUUAACUAAGGUCAAGCUAAUCAACGAGCUGAAUGAGCGAGAGGUCCAGCUUGGGGUGGCCGAGAAGGUGUCCUGGCAUUCCGAGUACAAGGACAGCGCCUGGAUCUUUGUGGGAGGGCUUCCUUAUGAACUGACUGAAGGGGACAUCAUCUGUGUUUUCUCACAGUAUGGGGAAAUUGUUAAUAUUAAUCUUGUGCGAGACAAGAAGACUGGGAAAUCCAAAGGAUUCUGUUUCCUCUGCUAUGAAGACCAGAGGAGCACAAUUCUGGCUGUUGACAAUUUUAAUGGAAUUAAGAUCAAAGGGAGAACUAUCCGCGUGGAUCAUGUGUCUAACUAUCGGGCUCCUAAGGACUCAGAUGAAAUGGAUGAUGUGACCAGACAGCUUCAGGAGAAGGGCUGUGGGGCUAACACCCCCCCUCCAAGUUCAUCUGAGGGCUCUGAAGAUGACAGACCUACAAAAAGUCACAAAAAAGAUAAAAAAGGAAAAAAGAAAAAAAAGAAAGACAAAGAGAAGACUCACCAGGAGGUUCAGGCAGAGCAGCCGUCUUCCUCUUCACCUCCCAGAAGCAAGAUGAUAAAAGAAAAGGAUUACCCUGGUCUGAAGAAGCACAGCAGCAAGAAUUCGGAGAGGGUUCAGAAGCCUGAGUCUAGAGAAGGGAGGAAGCACUACCCAGGCUCCCCUGAGGUCAGGAUGUCAUGCCGUAGUGGAGCAGAGGACCCAGAGAAGGAGCCAAAGAAGGAGAAACUCAAGCAUGAGCACAAGUCCUCAAGCAGGAAGGAAGUGAGAGAAGACAAGAACAGGGAUCAAGACAAGAAUAGGGAUCGAGACAGAGGGCGAAGCUCAGAUACACAUUCUACUUGGCACAGUGGGCAUUCUGAAGGGUGGAGUCGUAGAAGUAGAAGUAGAAGCCGAGAUAAAUCCUAUAGGCAUAAAAAGGCCCGUCGCUCCCGGGAGCGCGAGUCCUCUAAUCCUAGUGACCGAAGGCAUCACUGAAAUCUCCUCUUGCCCAGUUCAUUAAAAAUAAACUGUUUAAAAAAUGCCUGCCUUGCAAGCACAAGGUCCUUAGUUUGAUUCCUGGAACCAGGCAGAAAAAGUUGUGAAAUUCAAUUCUGCUGUUAAUAUUUCUGUACAUAAAAUCUCUGGGGCUGAAUUCUUUUAAUAUCUUGCAUAGAUUGUUGAGAGGGCUGUCAUUUCAACAGCCAGAUAUCCUGCAUUUUUUAGCAUGAGCCCUGGGAAUAUACCUGGAACUUUAGAGUAUGUGUCCUAAAUUUUGGUUAAUAAAUAUGGCCCUUCAACCCUAGACCUUAAUUUGAGAUGACAUUUCCAGGAAAGGGAAAAACCAGGUAACUACAAUUCUAGUCUUUGUGGUAGGUGUUUAGAACUGAACUUUCCAGUUGUCAGGCUCCCUAGAUUCAGACCAUUUUAUGUGGAUACAAUAAGAUCUUAAGAACAGCCAGUUCCCAGCCCACUUGAAAACAGUUUAAAUGGUUGAUGUUUUGUUUUUGUUUUUUUGUUUAUAUAUUUGCAUUUUUUUGG